AUGAGCACCGACUUUAAAUCUUAAAUGACCGAUGCGCCUGUUGAUUUGGUUUGCUAACAGCAUAAAAAUAAGCCAGAAAAGAGACUAGCCUGCAAUUUGUGUUUGCAAGAACAACAAAAUAUUAAUGUCUAAGAUUAUGAAGCAAAGGAAAAGAAAAAGAGAUGUGAAAACACAGAUAUUAUUGUUGGGGGGGAAAGUUUAGAAUAUGCAAAAAACUUAGAAAAGAAUAUUGAUAGUGUUAUGGAAAAAAUAAAUGAUUAUUUUGAAUCAAUGAAAGAAAUAGUAUAGAAAUUAACAGAUUCUUUAAGAAGUGAAAGAGAAAAAAACUUAAAAUACAGUUUCUUUGAGGAAUUGGAAAUCUAUAUUUAAACAAAGGAUUAAUCAACAGAAGAAAACGAAAAGGUAAAGCAAAUAAGAUCAAAAAUAAUCAAUUAAUUUGGAAAAUUGAAAAGAAAAUUGGAAACAUUUCCAUCUAACCUAGAGAAAAUGUCAGAAAAUGUCCUAAAGAAAACUCAAGAAUUUUAUAGAAGGAAUUAUGAUGAAUUAAAUAAACCUUUAAAUUUAGAUUUGAUUACGACGGUAAAAUAAAGAGAUCCUUGCUAUACUUUAACCUUUAAUAGUGAAUUUCUUUUUACUGGAUGUGGUAAACAAAUUAAAGUUUGGAACUUCAAUUAAGGAAAUAUGUAAGAGCAUGCAAAACUUAAUGGUCAUGCAUUAUCUGUAACACGAAUUGUGACUAGUAGCAAAGUAAAGAACAGUUUUAUAUCUGCAGCAGAAUGCGGAUCUCUAAUAAUUUGGAAGUAAAAGAACGAAAAGGAAUGGGAAUUUUUAAAGAAACCAGCAUAAUGGACUAAUUGCAUAGUUUUAAAUAAGAAUGAAACAGAAUUGAUUUUAGCUAGUGCUAAUUGCGAAAUCGAUUUUUGGAGCGUGGAUUUCAAUUAAAAUUAAUUAAUUUAUAAUUAUUCAUUGGAGAACACUCAUUAAAAUACAAUAUUUGAUCUAACCUUAAAUAAAAAAGAAAAUAAGAUGGUUACUUGUGGAGCAGACAAUAAAAUUCUAAUUUGGACAAAGGAUGACUAAGCUCAAAAAUGGAAAUUUGUUCAAGAAAUUAAUUAAAUAACUUAUGGUACCAAAGUUGCUUUCAUUUCUGAUGACUAGUUUGUUUGGAUGGGCUGCGAUUAAAAAACUAAUGAUUAAAUAUUUUUCUUUAAAUCGCAAAGAGAUGGCAAGUUUGAAAAUAAUUAAUAGAAAGCCUUCUAAUUGGAUAUUGAUGAAGAAUAAUAUGUUGAUUAUCAUCUUAAUCCCAUCACCUAUAAUUAAUUAUAGAAAGUAUUUCUGGUGAGAUUUAAGCGACAUAUUUAUAUUAUCAAGAUCACUGAUGCCGAUCUUCAAAUUGUUACAAAAUAAAAAUUUGAUACAAACUUGAUUUUUGCAACGUUAUCUAAUGAUGGCAAAUACCUGAUAGCCUAUGUUGAAGACCUCAAGAGAUAUCAAAUCCGCGAAAUCAAAUGGUGAUGAAUAUUUAUCACAAUUCAAUAUCAUCAUUACAUUUAUUA